CCCUGGUCUCUGCUACCUGUAGCUAGGGGCUCGGCGGCGGCGGCGGCGGCCAGAAGGGCUGGUUCUCGCGAGAGCGUAGCUGCCUUGUUAGCCGUGGCAGCUGCCGAGGCUCGAGCGCCGUCAUGGACUCUCUCGGAGAUUAUGUCUGGCCGCGGGCAACCUCCGAGCUCAUACUCCUCCCGGUCACGGGUCUGGAGUGCGUGGGGGACCGGCUGUUAGCGGGUGAGGGGCCUGAUAUGCUGGUGUACACCUUGGACUUUGGAGGGCAUCUGCGGCUGAUGAGGCGAGUGCAGAACCUGCUUGGCCACUAUCUUAUACAUGGGUUCCGGGUGCGACCAGAGCCCAAAGGAGACCUUGACUCAGAGGCCAUGAUAGCUGUGUUUGGGAGCAAGGGUCUCCGAAUUGUGAAAAUUAGUUGGGGUCAGAGCCAUCUUCGGGAACUCUGGAGAUCUGGCCUAUGGAACAUGUCUGACUGGAUCUGGGAUGUACGCUGGCUUGAGGGCAAUGUAGCCUUGGCCCUGGGCCACAACUCAGUGGUGCUGUAUGACCCUGUGAUAGGGUGCAUGUUGCAGGAUGUAUCCUGCACAGACAGGUGCACCCUCUCCUCAGCUUGCCUGAUUGGAGACACCUGGAAAGAACUGACCAUAGUGGCAGGUGCUGUUUCUAACCAGCUCCUAGUCUGGUACCCAGCAACUGCUUUAACAGACAACAAACCUGUGGCACCUGACCGGCGGGUCAGUGGACAUGUGGGUGUCAUCUUUAGUAUGUCAUACCUGGAAAGCAAGGGUCUGCUGGCAACUGCUUCAGAAGAUCGAAGUGUCCGUAUCUGGAAGGUUGGCGACCUGCGGGUGCCUGGGGGUCGGGUGCAGAAUAUUGGGCACUGCUUUGGACACAGUUCCCGUGUGUGGCAGGUGAAGCUCUUAGAGAAUUAUCUAAUCAGCGCAGGAGAGGACUGUGUCUGUUUGGUAUGGAGCCAUGAAGGUGAGAUCCUUCAAGCCUUUCGGGGUCACCAGGGCCGUGGGAUCCGGGCCAUAGCCACUCAUGAGAGGCAGGCCUGGGUGAUUACUGGGGGUGAUGACUCCGGCAUUCGGCUGUGGCACCUGGUAGGGCGUGGGUACCCUGGCUUGGGGGUCUCGGCUCUCUGUUUCAAGUCCCCUAACCGGCCAGGUACCCUCAAGGCUGUGACUCUGGCUGGUUCUUGGCGAGUACUGGCAGUGACUGAUGCAGGGGUCCUGUACCUCUAUGAUCUCGAGGUCAAGUGCUGGGAGCAGCUGCUAGAAGAUAACCACUUUCAGUCUUACUGCCUGCUGGAAGCAGCUCCUGGGCCAGAGGGCUUUGGACUUUGUGCCUUGGCCAACGGAGAGGGUAGUGUCAAGGUUGUCCCCAUCAACACUCCCACUGCUGCUGUGGACCAGAACCUCUUCAGUGGGAAGGUACAUAGUCUAAGCUGGGCCCUGCGUGGCUAUGAGGAGCUUCUGUUGCUGGCCUCAGGCCCUGGUGGGGUAGUAGCUUGCUUGGAAAUCUCAGCUGCACCCUCUGGCAAAGCGAUCUUUGUCAAGGAACGUUGCCGGUACUUGCUACCCCCAAGCAAGCAGAGAUGGCACACAUGUAGUGCCUUCCUGCCUCCAGGUGACUUCCUGGUCUGUGGGGACCGCCGAGGCUCUGUGUUGCUAUUCCCUGCCAGACCAAGUUUGUUCAAGGAUCCUAGGGUUGGAAUCAAGGCGAUUACUGGACCUGAGGCACCUGGAGCAGGCAGUGGCAGUGGUGGGGCUGAGAAUGUUGCAACUGGGUUAGGCCCAGUGUCCACCCUCCAUUCUCUGCAUGGGAAGCAGGGUGUGACCUCAGUUACCUGCCAUGGUGGCUAUGUAUACAGCACAGGGCGGGAUGGCAGCUACUACCAGCUCUUUGUGCAAGGUGGCAAGCUCCAGCCAGUCCUAAGGCAGAAGACCUGUCGAGGCAUGAACUGGGUGGCUGGGCUCCGCAUGGUGCCUGAUGGGAGCAUGGUCAUCCUGGGUUUCCAUGCCAAUGAAUUUGUAGUGUGGAGCCCCCGGUCCCAUGAGAAGUUGCAUAUUGUCAACUGUGGUGGGGGUCAUCGCUCCUGGGCCUUCUCUGAUACUGAGGCAGCCAUGGCCUUCGCUUACCUCAAAGAUGGGGAUGUCAUGCUAUACCGAGCUCUAGGUGGCUGCACUCGGCCACACGUGAUUCUCCGAGAGGGUCUCCAUGGCCGAGAAAUUACAUGUGUAAAACGUGUGGGCACCAUCACCCUGGGCCCUGAAUUUGAGGUACCCAGCUUGGAGCAUCCUGAUUACUUGGAUCCUGGCAGUGAGGGGCCUGGCCUGACUGACAUCGUCAUCACAUGUAGUGAGGACACUACUGUCUGUGUCCUGGCACUUCCCACCACCACAGGAUCAGCCCACGCACUCACAGCUGUUUGUAACCACAUCUCUUCUGUGCGUGCUGUGGCAGUGUGGGGCAUUGGCACCCCAGGUGGCCCACAGGAUCCUCGGCCAGGUCUUACUGCCCAUGUAGUGUCUGCAGGAGGUCGAGCUGAGAUGCACUGCUUCAGCAUCAUGGUCACUCCUGACCCUAGCACCCCAAGCCGCCUUGCCUGCCAUGUCAUGCACCUGUCAUCACACCGGCUAGAUGAAUACUGGGACCGGCAGCGCAACCGGCAUCGCAUGGUCAAAGUGGACCCUGAGACCAGGUACAUGUCUCUGGCUAUUUGUGAACUUGACUGUGAUCGGCCUGGCUUUGGCCCCCUUGUGGCUGCAGCCUGUAGUGAUGGAGCAGUGAGGCUCUUUCUCUUGCAGGACUCUGGAAAAAUUCUGCAGCUUCUUGCUGAAACUUUCCACCAUAAGCGGUGUGUCCUCAAGGUCCACUCCUUUACCCAUGAGGCACCCAACCAGAGAAGGAGGCAGAUGCUGUGCAGUGCUGCUACAGAUGGCAGCCUGGCCUUCUGGGAUCUCACCACUGCAUUGGACCGUGGCUCUACUACCCUGGAGCCUCCAGCACACCCUGGCCUUCCCUACCAGCUGGGCACUCCAUGCAUGACCCUCCAGGCCCACAGCUGUGGAGUCAACAGUCUGCACACGUUGCCUACACCUGAGGGCCACCAUCUGGUGGCCAGUGGCAGUGAGGAUGGCUCCCUCCAUGUCUUUGUGCUUGCUGUGGAGAUGCCAGAGCUAGAAGAGGCUGAUGGGGAGGUUGAUAAGGAGGCUGAUGGGGAGGCUGAGGCUGAGCUAGUGCCCCAACUGCGUAUCCUAGAGGAAUACUCUGUCCCCUGUGCACAUGCUGCCCACGUGACGGGCCUCAAGAUCCUAAAUCCAAGCCUCAUGGUCUCAGCCUCCAUUGACCAACGGCUCACCUUCUGGCGUCUGGGGCAUGGUGAGCCCACCUUCAUGAACAGCACCGUGUACCAUGUACCAGAUGUGGCUGACAUGGACUGCUGGCCUGUGAGCCCUGAGUUUGGCCACCGCUGUGCUCUUGGGGGCCAGGGGCUUGAGGUUUACAACUGGUAUGACUGAAUUAUCUUAAAACGGCUGGCGUGCAUGCGGUCUGCACACAGACAGUGGAGCAGGGAUCAACUGUGACAGUGUACUUUGAGGUGACGUGUAGUGCCAUUGGUUCCUGACUUGAGAGCUGGAGGUUAGUAGAGUGCUGAAUAGAUGGACCAACACCAUGCUCCACUCUCCACAACAGGACAGAACUGUAACAGAAGCAAUUUAUUUUGGCUUUACACUCCCAACAUCUGUGAGGUUUUGUUUUCUAGUUGAUUUUUAAAACAUUCCCAGUUAUUGGGCCCUUAGAUACGGCUCAGCGGAGGGAGGCCCAGCAUAGCCAGGCCUGUGUGGAACACUUCACGUACAGCCCUCAGAAGCUGAAGGCGGGCAAACAUCUGACCAAAGAGGUGUGGUCGGGGCUCCUGGAGGAAAAGGACAUGCUGGUCUCAACCACUAUUCCCCUUGUCUUUACCCUGUCUCCCUGCAUCUCCCACAGACCCUGUUUUGCUGUGAGCUUACCCCUAGGAUGUGUACCCGGUUAUAGUAUGAGCUGAAAUCCAUGCUGAGCUGCACCAGGAACUUACACACCUAGAGACAGAGGCUGAGUCAUUGAACUGUUGUCCUUGCUUUUGUGUCCUAGCCCAGAAUAAAGAAUAGAGUUUAUAGUG